CCCAUCCAAAACCCUCAAAGCAAACACCCAAACUAGCAAUUAACCAUGUCUUCUACUCCUGCCUCUUCCAAUCCCACACCUCCUCCACCUUCAAUUUUUCGUGAAUAUAUUGAUCCCAAUCAUUUUCGACCUUUCCCUAAUAAUAUCAUCAACCCCAAUAUUUCAGAAUUCCACUUCGUUUUAACCUUUGCCGUUGAGACCUACCAGGGGGAAGCUGAAAACCCCAGGGGAACAGGACACUUCAAUUCCACUUGGGACAUCGAGCGCUUCGGUCCUGCCGACAUCAGAAGCCUUAAACAAGCCCAUACGAACGCAAAGUUUGUAAUAAGCAUUGGAGGCCGUGGCGCCGAUCAUAGCUUCAAUCCUGUUGACAGCGAAAACUGGAUUCGCAAUGCUGAAUGUUCCCUCACAAACAUUCUCCGACGCUACAACAACGAGAAUGAGAAUCUGGAGAAGAUUAUUGAUGGUAUCGAUGUUUACUAUGAGUACAUCAAUAGUGAUCACUUCAACCACUGCAUUGGGGAACUUAUAAACCGCCUCAAAAACGAAAACCUGGUCGAUGUGGUAUCUAUUACUCCAUCACGUAAUGUGCUACCCCAAUACAGCGCCUUGUUCCAAGAUAACCAAGCCGCUAUUGGCUUGGUCAACUACCAGUUCCAUACUGAGGACGUGCACACAGUCGGUGACUUUAUUCACCGCUUCUAUUAUUUGCGAUCCACCGUCUUCGGCCAAAACAAAUUAAUGGUGGGAUUCAGCACUGUUCCUGGUGAAUAUGUCAACUUUUCACCACCUGUCUUCAUUGAUUUAUGCCAACAAAUCAUCGAAAGCGGUUUUCUCAAAGGCAUUUCUGUUUGGAAUGCUUCUUACUCUGCCCGUUACCUGCCUCCAUUCUACAUAGAACAGAGGGCACAGGCGUUCCUCACUGGAUCUGAUGAUUAGUUUCAGGAGAAAUUCUGAAAUGAAAUCUUAUCCGAUGCCUAUAUAUAUAUGUUUAAUAUUAUUAAUUACGGGUCACAGACUAUAAUAUAUAUGCAUGUGUGCAGUAACUAUAGUCUGCUGAAUAAUAUAAUCUAAAUAAGACCCGUAAUGUUGUCAGUGUAUGUGUGGCAUGCUUAUAGAUGCAUGCAAGGUUUCUUCUUGUAUUAUGCUAUUUGGUGUGCUUUACGUUCGGGUCACAGACUAUGAUAAGCGUGCAUGUGUAUGAUAAUUCGUAGUCUGCUAAAUAUUCUAAAGAAGACCCAUUUAUGUUCGUAUCUAUAUAAGUUGG